AUGAUGCGGAUGAUAUUGGUUAUGUUGUUAGCUUCGGAAUUGUCGCCCCAUCUUUCGUGGGGCUGGGUGUAUCCGCACAAUAUCACCAGGAGAACUCCAAAAUAUAAGCGUUGGUGGAAGGGACCAGGCUCGAACACGGGUAACAAUUUCGGUGGCUGGCUGUACCGCGUGUCCCAUGAGAGGCUAUCGACGAUUUGCGGAGCAUCCUACUACGCUCCGCUGCUGCUGAUUGUCUCGGCAAACUGCAUCUAUCCGUAUCGCAUGGAGCUGUAUGGGGCGAGUGUGGAGCCCACGUUCACCCACGAAAAUAUCUUUGGACUAAUAGAUAACGUUUUCAUACCCAACCAAUUCAAGCCUUACAAGCUGUACAUGGACGUGGCGGUUGUCAAGCUGGAAACUCCCAUCAGGGGCGAAAACGCAGAGUUCAUAAAGCUUUGCAGCACUCCCAUUAAAGCCGGCAUGAAAAUGACUGCCUACGCCUGGGGCUUUGACUCCAUGCACAUACAAUCGCAGACCUCGGACACGAAGACUGCAAUAGUGCCCAUCGAGGAUCUCAACACUUGCCGCAAAAAGUACGCAGGCACUGAUGUCAAGGUUUCGAGCACCUCCUUCUGUGUGACGCAUCCGAAGGAUUCCAAGAAGUGCCUCUACGAUGCAGGUGCUCCACUCACUUACAAAACCGAACUCUGCGGCAUAGUCUCCUAUGGACCUAUGUGCAGUAACACCAAGCAGCCGGGAACUUACACAAGCAUCAACAAAAUUGCCAAGUUCAUCGAAGAAAUCGAGGAUGACGUUAAGAUGGGGCUCGCCCUACUGGCACUGGGCACUGGGCACUUGCCACUGGCCACUCGGUUCUUCCUCUUCCGGCUAAUGGCAAAUGCCCAGUGGAUCACGUAG